AUGAGAAAUCAGAAUCCACAUGUUUGGAAUUUUUUGAACGAAACAGACGAAUACGGUAACGUAACCUUACCAUACGACGAGUUAGCAAAGUUCAACUUCGUUUGUAGUAUCAUCUUCAAUUUGGCUUUGGUAUUUGGUGGUAUCAUGUCCUUUACAUUACUGUAUCUUGUACUGUAUCAAACUACCGGUAGUUUCAAACCUUACAGUAGGAUGUUGGUAAUGUGUUGUGUAGCUGACAUCUUCUACUGGAUGAUUGAUCAUACUCUACAUCAGGUAAAUGGCUUGUUAUAUUGGUUGUGAGAAUGUAUUUUGUCAUUACUCUGUAAAAUAAAUAAAUUCUGUCUAUUGAACUGUAAUAUAGUCUUGGAUAAAACAUUUUUGGUCCUUACCACAUCGGUUUAAUGACAUGUUUUCAGAAAAGUCGUCAGAUUGACGGCGUUUUCCUCAUAUCUCUAAAUGGCAUUGGCAAAUAUUUGUCAUACGAACAUCAGAUGAUACUUACUGGUGUUUACAUUACUACUCUUGUGCUCACACAUACUACGCUUGCUGCUCAAGGAUACUACAGAUAUCAUACUUUGAGAUAGUACGUUUUUUAAAACAUAUACUAUAAUUAGUCUUGUCAUUAUUGAAAGGCUAGAAACUUAAUUUUGAAAUUAAAAAAUAUUUUUAUUUUUUUAAAUUAUUUAAAUUUUGAUAUUGAUUUAUAAUUGUAAUGUGCUACAAUAUUUAGUGUAUAAUUUAACUUUUUUACAGUAAACCUCUAAGCACCCUUCAUACAAUAAUUGUUUUUAUGUUGGCUGUAGUAGCUGCAGCGCCGUCAGGAGUUAUUGGGUAUAUGGCAUUUAAACAUUCAACCGAAAUACGACCAGGUUUUAAUUAUGGUACUUUAUGGUACAAAGAGUACCCUUUGCCAGCACUUCUUGUGGUUGAUGUGGUAUGUUUUGUAAAAUAACAUUCCAAAUAAAAAAAAUAAUUUUAAAAUUUAUUUUAAUUCACCAUUCCUUGUUCUGUAGCUCCACUUGAAACCUAUAUACCCUGCGAGAUAAAUAAAGUUUCUUUUCAGCAACAUAUCUACCAAAAGCUUUACUAUGUGAUAUCGACUAUUACCGUGUCUGCAUCGUAUACGUUUUCCAUUCUAUUUGCGUAUAUGUCAGUCAAUCAUCUACGUGACUUUGAUCAUAUCUACUCGAAGAAAACGAAACUCUUACAUCAGAAGUUGUCCAAGUGUCUCUUGUUUCAGGUAAGUGGCUGAAUAUUGUAGUGUAAGGGCAUCUAGUACAAGAAACUAAAACGUCUUACUACAAUAUUUUGCAAAAACUUGAAGGUUUGUUUUUUACCGUAUAUAAAAUAUAGAAUUUUAAAUUUAAAAUGCCAUUCCAGAACAUAGCCCCACUGUUUGUGUCAAUCAUACCCAUCUUGGUGAUGGUGGUACCUCUUUUCUUCAAAAUCACGAUAAAUCAGGAGAUCACGGUGUUCAUGAUAGCCAUCAGCCUGAUACCAGCUUUCAACUCUCUUGUCACUCUGCUCAUUAUCAGUCCUUACCGAGACUUUGUAAAGAAAGUUUUGUGCAGAAACUUUUUCCAUUCUUCCAUGAGUACUGUUGUUAACACUACUUCUUGUCCUGCGAGUGAUCAAUAG